AUGAUUUCAUCUAUUCUUCCAUCUAGUACUUGGAAACAAGGUGAGUUCUUCAUAUUUGAUGAUUCCUUUGAACAUGAAGUCUGGCACGAGGGCUGUGAACUCCGUUUUGUCCUGAUCGUGGACUUCUGGCAUCCUGAACUGACCGAACAGCAGAGGCGACAACUAUCAGCCAUCUAA